AUGGCAGGACCCGGGAACACUUCAUCGGAAAAAUGGGAGGCCAUUAAGCUGGAAAGGUUUUUGAGGUAUGCAAACACCUUUUACCUUUCCAUAGGAAUGGAGGCCUACGAUCAUCAGGGGAGAGGCAAGAUGCGAGCGCUCUUCCUUCGUUGCAUAUUUAUCGCACUCAUCCUGAACCUGAAUGCCGUGCUGCUCUCCGAAUUGAUUUAUGUUGUCUUGGCGAUUGGAAGUGGCACAAACUUCCUGGAGGCCACCAUGAGUCUAUCCUUCAUUGGCUUCGUGAUCGUUGGAGAUCUCAAGGUGUGGCACAUCUGGCGCAAGAGGGAUCAAAUCACCCAAGUCGUGCGGCAGAUGGAGCAGCUGCAUCCCAGGGAAAAGCAUCAGCAGGCGGCCUUUGAAGUGGCAAAGCAUCUGAGUGGAUAUAGUCGCUACAGCAUCUUCUACUUUGGCAUGCACCUGGUGCUGAUCUGGACGUACAAUCUCUACUGGGCAAUCCACUAUCUGGUCUACGAUUUCUGGCUGGGCAUCCGCCAGUUCGUGCGGAUGCUGCCGUACUACUGCUGGGUUCCAUGGGACUGGAGCACCAACUCUAGCUACUAUCUGAUGUACGUGUCCCAGAAUGUGGCGGCACAGACGUGUCUUUCGGGACAACUGGCCGCCGAUAUGCUAAUGUGUGGCCUCGUCACUCUGCUGGUGAUGCACUUCAGUCGCCUGGGGCGUCGCAUCGAGGAGCAUGUGGCUGGGUUAGUCUCACCGCAACAGGAUCUGGCGUUCCUCCGGGCAGCUGUCGUGUACCAUCAGCGCCUGCUGCAGCUGUGCCACAACAUCAACGAGAUCUUUGGCGUUUCGCUGCUCUCCAACUUCGUGUCCUCUGCCUUCAUCAUCUGCUUUGUGGGCUUUCAGAUGACAAUCGGUGGAAAUAUCGAUAAUCUGGUGAUGCUUGUCCUCUUUCUAUUCUGUGCCAUGGUCCAGGUCUUUAUGAUCACCACCUACGCCCAGCGAUUGCUCGACGCGAGUCAGCACAUUGGCGAAUCUGUCUACAAUCACGACUGGUUCCAGGCGGAUCUUCGGUAUCGUAAGAUGCUCAUUGUCAUAGUCAAGCGAUCCCAACGGGCGAGUCGCCUGAGGGCUACCAUAUUUCUCAACGUAUCACUGGUCACAGUUUCAGAUCUCCUGCAAUUAUCGUAUAAAUUCUUUGCCCUUCUCCGGACAAUGUAUGGGAAGUAGUAGCUCAGUCAGACCUCAUGGGGAGAGUGUGAGGAAGCAGCAGCAGCAGCAUGUGGCAGUGACAAUACGAGUGCGAGUACCAGUAUGUCAGCGGAAUCCACCAAAUCAUCGUUCGGCAAUAACUUACGCCA